AUGCUUCCAAAAUUAAAAGCUUUUAGACCAUCUCCAUCCAUUAAGACCUUUAAUGGAACCUUAUUGGAAAAUACUAACCGGAAAAGAAAGAAGCUUCUAGUGUCGUCAAUCGUCGUAGCUUUCGCCCUUAUCCUCGCCGCCGCGAUUUUCGCCGGAGUCCGAUCAAAUGUCAACUCUUCCCAACACGUUCCAGGCCUAGCUCAGAAACCAAGCCAAGCAAUCUCAAAAGCAUGCGAGCCGACUCGUUUCCUUGAGCUAUGCAUCGACUCACUCAUGGACUUCCCCGGCUUACUCGCCGCCUCCUCCGCCAAAGAUCUGAUCCACGUGACGGUGAACAUGACGCUACACCACUUCAGCCACACACUCUACUCAUCUUCCUCCUUCUCCUUCCUCGACAUGCCACCGCGUGUUCGCUCCGCCUACUGA